UGACAUCAUCCCGCUGUGCGUUUCUGCUGUGGUAGUGCUGUCCUGUCAACGAUUUUACCGGCUAGCUAGAAUUUAGAAAAGAAAAGAAAGCAAAAAACUUAGCAGUGACCUUAAAUAAUGGAUUUCACAACGCGACACAACAUUCAGCUCUACAUUUAUGAUCUCUCGAGAGGAAUGGCUCGCAAUUUGAGCCCUAUUAUGUUGGGCAAACAGCUGGACGGUAUAUGGCACACAGCUAUUGUGGCUUAUGGAGAGGAGUUUUUCUUUGGUGGGGAAGGGAUUUCCAGCUGUCCACCGGGUGGCACCAUGCUGGGACCUCCUGACACGGUGGUGGACCUGGGAGAGACUGAAGUGACAGAGGACAUCUUCAUGGAAUACCUUUCUUCUCUAGGAGAAAGCACAUACAGAGGGGACCGGUAUCGGCUGUUCGAGCACAACUGCAACACUUUUUCCAACGAAGUGGCUCAGUUUCUGACUGGCAGGCCCAUCCCGUCCUACAUCACCGACCUUCCGUCCGAAGUCCUCUCCACGCCGUUCGGGCAGAUGCUGCGGCCCAUCCUCGACUCCAUCCACAUUGCCCCCCCGGGAGGUCAUGUCAUCAACGGGGGAAGAAACAUGUAACCUGACAAAGCAGUGCGCCCCCCAGGUCACUUUCAUUGUAGUCAGUCUGAAAAAAAGACUUAACAUUUACUCUUCAUGUGAGCCAACAGUACCAACCGGACGGAUCCUGACCUCCGUCAAGAAAGGCUGCCCCUCACGGCAAUAAACUGCAGCACCUGAUCUUGUCUUUAAAAUUGAUAUUAAAAAGUGUAUUUAUUAAUUGAUUGUUUGUACUAAAGCAGCAUUAUGGGGUUCUAGAUUCAGUUCCAAACUGAUCCUUUUAAGUUAAGUUCUAAAAAAUUAAGCUCUUGACUUAAUUUAGAGCACAAAACAAGUUUAAACAUAAGUUCUAAAACCAGCAUACCUCCUGCACAUGAGUGCGUCCAGCCAUUGAAAAUUCUGUUGUGAACAACAGCUUGUUUCUUAAGUUUUAAUAUUUAGAAUUUAUUUGAAAGCUAUUUAAAUCUCUUUAAGGGUAGGAACAGGAUAAAAAUCAUAGUAUACAUUAAUAUUUUUGAUCCAUAUUAUUUUCUGAAAUAUCAUUGCUUUGUCGCAUUUUCCCGACCACACUUCUAACUGACUGCAGUGGAUUUAUCCGACCUUGGUGGGGAAAUGUUAAUAAUCAGUGGGAUGAGGGGUUGGUCUUUUUAAUGUUGAACAUGUCUCCAUUUUGCCUCUUUGAGUAUGUAAUAAUUAUAGCUUUCACUUUGUUUUCUAUUAGUUCCCUUGCACCUUUAAUUAUUAUUAUUUUUUUCAAUUUGUGACUAUUGUGUUGACUCCAUAUGUUGUAAUUCCCCAUUUUUAGCAUGAUUGACCCUAAACACUGAGGGAGCAAAUCUAGAAAAUCCACAAUUACUGCAAGAAUUGGUUAUUUAGUGAGAUAAAAAAGAAAAAUCAAGCCUAAAGGCUGAGAUUUCAUUGACUCCAAACAUUUACUGUUGUAGGUUUCCAUGAAAUUAUUGUUGACCCCCUGCUGUAGUCCUCUAACCAUCACCAGAGUGUGUCUGGAAAACGCACACCUCUGUGCCUUUGCCCCCCGUCUGCUUCGCCAAAGCAUAAUUACAGCUGUCAUACAUUGCAAUGGCGUAGUGCAAGACCAAAAUGGGUCAAAAAGUAACUCACGGUGCACUCAGAGGGUCACACCUCUGAGCUGAGGCUUCAUAAAGGUGCAGAAACAUUCCGGUAUAGCUCUAUAGCCUGUAAGCUCUGCAAGAGUUCUACUACUUUAAAGCAGUUAAUCACUUUUUUCUUAUGUAAAGAAAUCCCAUAUGGACCCCACUGAACUUGAAAUAAGGAUAAGGUUUAUCCAGUGUUCAUUUUUGUGCAAUAAAGAAGACAGUCUGCAUCUCUAGUUAAGGCGUUAAAACUUUAUUUUGACUUCAAACUAAAAACUAAUUUAGUUUUCUUCCCCCUUUGAGGAGACUGAACUCUGGGUUUUGAAAAUUUGCGUUCGAUUUUCCUACGAAAUGCAAACCUGACCACUGAAAUGUAGUUCUAAACUCGUCCGCUGUUGCUUCUACUUGUUUUUGUUGCUUGCUGUAAUGUAAACUUGCAAAUUUUAAGACAGUUUGUGGAUACUAAUUCCCCGAUUUAGUUGGUAAAACUGUCCAUAAGUAUAUUUAUGCACAUUGUUUUGCUUGCACAUUUGUUUUUGUAAAUCUACAUUAAAGCCAUUGACUGCAAAUAUGA